GGGAUUGGGGGGGGGGGCGGGCCUCUUUGUGCGCUAGCCCAGCCAAUCGCAGGGCGGCAGCUGUUGACAGGCCGAGCUUGUGCUCGUCGGGCCGCAGAGAGAGACCAGCCUUCCUGCGUGCGCCGUCCGAGAAAACGCUCAGGGGGACUUCAGCCAGGGUACAGCUCAAGAGGUAAAUAAAAAAGGACAUUCCUGAAUCUCAAACGCUGAAGGUGAACUUCUAUCACAGUAUCUGAAAGAGGCAGGCCAACUCUUCGGUCAGUAAGCUGGACACUGCUUCCCCCUCACGUCUCAGCAGGUGUAUCCCAGCGAAGUUCUGACAUCAUGACGGGCCAGAACGCCAGCCAGCCCUGGCAGCAGGCCACGCCCCUGGCGGGCGUGUCCCUGCAGGUGCAGGAGGUGUACCCCUUCCACGACGGCUGGAACGUGGCGUGCUUCGUCAUCCUGCUCCUCUUCAUCCUGACGGUGGUGUCGCUGGCCGCGCUGGCCUUCCUGUACGAGCUGCUGGACUGCGGCUGCUGCGCCAAGGACAAGACGGCUGGGGAGCUCAGCCAGGAGCCCGGAGUCUUCCGCUCCGCCAUGGACAGGAUGCGCCAGCGCCACGUGGAGGUGGUGUAGCCCCGCCCCAUCGACCGCGUCCCCCAAACGAACAGCUUUCAUCACUCUCACCCCCCCCCAACCCCAAACCCCACCCCACUCCAACCCUAAGGAGGCGGGGGGUGGAUCAUAUUCUGUUCAAAGCACACCUGGUCUCUAUGGAAACCGCAAAGAAAGCGGAGGUGUCUGAGGCCAGAAGACGGGCUCGGGUUUUCAUCAUCAGACAUUUUUUCCCAGAAGACACCACGUUUGCCGUCACCCCCCACCCCCCACCCCCCACCCCACCCGGCGACAGCCAUCACAAACGACCACACAAUGAAAGUGCAUUAGAAAGUUAACUAAACAGAACUCUCCGCAGUCCCUGCUUCUCACUCCAGGCCACCGGUAGCUACUGCACACCUGCACCGAUGCACCUCAAUGUCUCUCCCUUUCUCUGCAGAAGGGAAAACUCCAUUACCCAGUGCACACCGUACCAAAUGCUGCAACACUGUCACAAGGUUACCCGGCACCGCUUUCUCAAAUAUCGACUUCUGAAAAAAUGCACCUGCAGGAACUGGCAGUAUCUAGAAAGUCAAGCUACAAUCUUUCAGCGUUUCCUCGUUUUAAGUGUAUUAACGUGAAGUGGUAAAGGACGUACCACUCUAAGGACAUUUCAGAGGAAUCUCCUACAUGCUCCAACGGUGACUCUCACUCUGUUGUAAUGUUCACUUCACCUGAAUCCCACGUGGGAGACCUACUGAUGAAAUCUCCAAUCGCACCUGUACCACGACUCUUACACUACCUUUCCUCUAUGUUUUAUACUUACCCAUUCACAUAUCUAUCAGCACAUUGUCUUUUUUUUAAAAAGAGAAAUAACUGUAAAUAUGCUGAGAGAAUGUGUCCGUGUUCCGGUCUCUUUAACCCUUUGUUGUAUCACCUUGCAUUUGUCCCACCUCACAGCACAAUGUAUUUCUCAGCUUGCCUUAAAAUGAUGUGCGUUUGAUUAAAUCAUGGAGGACAUUG